GAACCUGAUGAUGCUUUAUCUACUUUUGCUAAAGGGUAUGAAGAUUACCUACAAAUUCCAUUGCAACCUUUGAUGGACAAUUUAGAAUCAGCAACCUAUGAAAUAUUUGAAAAGGAUCCAACAAAAUAUACGGAAUAUCAACGCGCAAUUUUUUCUGCCCUUCUUGACAGAAUAAGUGAUGAAGAUAAGGAUUCAAAAAUAGCUGUUGUAAUGGUAGUUGGUGCUGGCCGUGGCCCAUUAGUCAGAGCAGCUAUUGCCGCUGCCAAGAAUGCACAAAGACAGAUUAAAGUUUAUGCUGUGGAAAAAAAUCCAAAUGCUGUGGUCACUUUGUGUGCUCAGCAGUACGAAAUGUGGGGAGAUCAAGUGACAGUUGUUUCUUGUGACAUGCGGGAUUGGAAUCCCCCUGAGAAAGCAGAUAUUCUUGUUUCUGAACUCUUAGGUUCAUUUGGUGAUAAUGAGUUAUCUCCUGAGUGCUUAGAUGGUGCACAAAAGUUUCUUAAAGAUGAUGGCAUUAGUAUUCCUGUUAGUUAUACAAAUUAUGUUGUUCCUGUUAGUGCGCCAAAACUUUACAGUGAAAUUGCACAAAUGCGAGAAAAGGACAAACAUCCUUUAGCUUUCUUUGAAAUGCCUUAUGUUGUUCAUCUACAUAAUCACACACCACUCUCUAGUCCUCAGCCAUUGUUUACAUUUAUCCAUCCAAACAGAGUUGAAGUCCCAGAUAAUACUAGAUAUGGCAAAUUAACUUUUGGAAUUCCAUAUAACUGUGCUGUCCACGGAUUUGCUGGAUAUUUUGAUACUGUGCUGUAUAAGGACAUAAAAUUAAGCAUUCAUCCAACAUCGCAUUCACCUGGAUUAUUUAGCUGGUUUCCGAUAUUUUUUCCUUUAAAGGAUCCUAUCUAUGUGCGUUCAUGUGAUGAAUUAGAUGUUCAUUUUUGGAGGUGCGUUUCCCCACGAAACGUAUGGUAUGAGUGGAUGGUUACAAAGCCAGUCAUUAGUGCAAUCCACAAUCCAGGUGGUAGAUCUUAUACUAUAGGACUGUAAUCAAUUAGCACAAUUUAUCACCAUCUAGCUUUUAUAGACUAACAACAUUCAUCAUUGUCAAUUUUUCAUUUUUAGUUAGCCUUUAAUAAAAGUCUUUUAAUUUUA